GUAAGCAAAGAUUUCAUCCAUGGAUCUUCCGAACCCUAGCCACGCCGGCUAACGCAAUUGCCAGAACCCCCCCCCCCCCCCCCCGGGGUGUGGAAUUCACUUUUCUGAUUUGUUUACACCUUCGUAGACACAUGAGUGCGCACCGUUUCGGAGGCUUAAUUAGGAAUGCGACCCGAUUUUCUCUGCAAAACUCGGCCGCCAGGCCGAGAUCGCCGCCGCCAACGAAAUUCUUCGCUGAGGAUGUCGAGGGCGGCAGCGAAGUGUACGGGCACGCUCUGAAGUUCCAGCGCCCGACGACCAUAACGAUGACGCAGCAGUUGGUGAACUCCGUUAGCUUUAUUGGGUCGGUGGAGUCCCCCCUGAGGAUCAAAGAAAGGGUGAAACUCGGUCGCUUUGGCGUCUACACUCUGCUCUCCGUGAAAGCCUCUCCUGAUUCAAACCGCAAAUUUAGGAUACUACUGAAUAUGUGGGACGAAAUGGCAAGAAUGUCUUUAGAGCAUUUGAAACCAAACGAUUUUGUUUACGUUUCAGGUCGUUUAGGGUCUUAUACAAAGGUUCUCGAGGGUGUAAAGCUCAAAACAUUUUACACGGUCACCGUAGAAGAAUUAAAUUAUGUCAGCAAAAGUGGUCAAGGCCCAACCAGGCCAAAAGUUGAGGGGUCCCAAUUAGGAGCGGGUGUGGCUGGCUUGGAGGUGCAUGAAAACCGCCUUCACUUGUGGCAAGUGUUUUUCACGAAUCCAUAUGAAUGGUGGGAUAACAGGAAACAGAAGGAUUUACGGCAGGUAAAUCUUUCGGCGCCAGAUUUCAAGCACAAGGAUACUGGUGAAGUUCUCUGGUUGAAUCCCAAUGAUCCUCCAUGGAUUAAAAGACAACUCAAGUUGCUUGAUACAAAAAUGGCAGAAAAAGGCCAAGGUGAUCAUGUAGGAUCCCAUUCCCGUGUGUCCAUGUGGGUGUAUGAUGAAUAUUGAAUAGGGAUGAGUCUGGAGGCCUUUGAAGAACUAUCUACUGUUGCAUAUUGCUUAUAUUGAGGGUUUUACAGUCUUUCUCAUGGUAUCUAGCUGGAAGCACAGAGAAUAAUGGAUCUACUGAUACUCGGCACAAAUUUAAGCUUGAAAAUUUAAGGUUGUACAUCUCAAAGCAAAUAUAUCAUUUUCAGAAGUUGGCCACGUCAAGCACCAAGGCUUACUGUGUUCAGUUCUUUGUACAGCAGGUUACAGUUUAAUUUUGUGGAGGACGGGAUCUUAUGCUAUUUGAAGCCAUUGCACUUGUAGAAUUCUGGCAGGGGUUUACUUCUGUUCUACCGCGUUUAGGUUUGAAUUACUUGAAAGUCAUGGAAAUGCCAACGCAACUGUUUGUCAUGUACCUGUUGUAUUCGAGUACGUACAACUGGUUUCAUAAUCCUCACAAUACCCAUGG